AUGUGUUCAGAAUCCACCACUUCGAAAGCAAAUCCAACUAUGGUCGAGUCAAAACGACAUGAAGCACGGUGCGGUUGCGUCCGAAGCGCUCAGGUCCAGGACGCAGAGGAAACACUGUCCUCACUCUCACUUCAAGUGCCCACACAUCGAUAUCUCGAAGAUUCAAUGACUGAGUUAGAUCAGGCUGAGCUUGAUCUCCUUGGCGAAGGACCUGCUGCGACGGAUGGCGACCAUCUGGAUGAACAUGCUCUUCUCGACCAGACACCUCCUCCCAGAGAUGAAAAUGGCAUUGGCCAUGUAAAAGCAGAAGAGUUAAAAAGCGAGGAAGUCGAUCUUUAUGACGAUGCGAUAGCUCCCUCAUCGGGGGAGAAAUCGCUUGCUCCUACGCCUGUUCGCCCAGCACAGCAGAAUGGAGGAACAACGCAUGCAUCAGAUGGUAAAAGGUACUGUUGUUACAUCGGAAACUUAGUUUGGUGGGCGACAGAUGCUGACGUUGGUUUGCACAUCAAAGCUAUUGGAAUUCCCGAUCUAAUCGACAUGAAGUUUUUUGAGAACCGUACUAAUGGUCAGAGCAAAGGAUUUGCGCUGUUAGUCUUAGGAAGCGAUGCAUCUGUACGCACCAUCACUGAACAAAUGCCACAGCGUCAAAUUCAUGGGCAAUCUCCAGUGAUCCUUCCGUACACUAAAGCAUCGCUGAACCGUCUGGAUGAAGCAACCUCAAAAAUGCAGAGUCGUCCGGACACAAAACAAAACAAGAAGGAUGAAACCUGCAUGAAUAUGGGUACAAUCCGAAUAGGUGCUGGUGCCGGACCCAGUGGACCUCCACCGAUGAUGGGACCAAGAAUGGGGCCUGGAGGACCUAUGAACAGUGGACCUAUGCCAAUGAUGCAGAUGAGAACUGGCCCCGGCGGCCCUCCCAUGAGCAUGAACUCCGCACCUAUGGGUCCAGGCGGUCCUGGUCCUAUGGGACCAGGUGGCAUUAUAAACAGGGGUCCGGUAAUGAUGGGACAACCCGUGAAUCAGGCCCCUAUGAUGAGCCGUCCAAUGGGCCCUCCUGGAGUGGGCACAUCGAUGCCUCCAGUACAAAUGGGAGGUCCUGUUCAAAUGGGAGUAGCAGGACAAAUGACAACAGGACCUCCUCGUCCUAUGGUUGGUGGCGCCGUGCCUAUGCAAGUGGGACAAGCACCACCAAUGAUGCAGAUUCAAGCAAAUCGACCUCCCCCUGGAGUUCAGUUUGGUAGUGGCCAGCAACCCGUAGUCGGUAUAGGGCAGCAGCAAAUGAUGACCCAAGGUCCUCCUGGUGUACGUACUAUGAACGCACCUCCUCAGGCCCCACAGCAACUUCUUGCACCUCAUGGAGCUCAUAUCAACCCGCAGAUGUUUCCUGGUGUGCACCAACAGCCACCUGUUCCUGGAGCGGUCAAUGACGUUGAAUUUGAAGAAAUAAUGAACAGAAAUAGAACUGUUGCUUCUUCCGCAAUAUCUCGAGCUGUGGCCGACGCCGCCGGUGGGGAUGUCAAAUCGGCUACAGAAACAAUAUUGACGGCUAUCUCACUAAUAAAGCAGAGCCGUGUGGCCCAUGACGACCGAUGUCGGCUGCUGGUUGCUAGCUUACAGGACACGUUGAACGGCAUCGAGAAUAAAGCAUAUGGAGGCGGAGGAAAUCUCGUAGCCGUUCGCGUGAUCGUGAUCGUAAGAGAAGGCGAAGAAGCCGUUCCAGAAGCCGUUCAAGCUCACGAUCGCGUUCGCCAAGACAUUCUCGCGGGCGGUACCACUGAAUAUGGAGUAAAUUGUUGUACUUCCUUUGUAAAGGUUCUGUAUUUCCACGUAUGCGUAAUUGGUGUGAAAGGAAGAAGAAGGGUCCUCGUGUUGCAACUACGGCGUCGCUUCAUUCGCGGACAUUUGUCUCGGAUUCAGCUUGUAUCUCUCCAUAUUCUAUGUUGA